GCGCACACCAACCAGGCGUGGGCUAGCAGGAGCCGCGCAGGGGCUGGCUCCAGAGCGUUGCAGCCGCUCCGCGUAGAGGGAGUCGGGUAGCAGCAUCCUCCCGGGCGCCGCUUUCUCUCGGCGGCGGCUUGGGCUUCCUCUGUCCCGAUACUUCGCUGGCCAGAAGGGGAUAGUGCCGGGGACGGCGCGGGCAGGGAAGCGCUGCGUACCCGGGCUCUUUUGCCCAGAGGUGUGUUUGCAGGAUCCUCCCCAGACAGUCGGAGGUUGCGGAGCAGCGGGGACCGCCGGCGCUGCCCGUUCGGGCAUUCUCACCGUGAUGGAAGCAGCAGCCGCGGCUGCGGCCGCUGCGGGGUCGCGCUGCACCCGGUCCUCAUCCGCCACCAGAGGGAUGGGAAGAUUCGCGGCGCGGAGGCCGAGAGCGAGAGAGGCAAAGCUGCUUUGCCUGGGGCUGGGUCCCCUAUAAGCGCCCUCCCCCCACGCCACCCCCAGCCGGCUUCGCCUUGCCGAGCUCAGGCGAGGAAGGAGGCUGCGGUCCCGAGUGCGGAGGAGACGCCGUUUUAGAGCGGGGACCCGCUAGGUACUCAGCUGAGUGCUGAGCAAGGCGCCGGGGCCGGUGAAAGUUUCCUUCCCCGAGCCGCGGGGCGCCCGCGGCCCAGAAACUCUGCCCAGGGCUCGGGCUGCCGAGAGCCGGCGAGUACUGCGACUCCCUCAAAGGCGCGGGGAUCCCCGGCUGCAGAGAGUGCGUAAAAAAUCGAGGGACAAGUGACAGCCGGGCAGACCGCCGGGCGGUGAUCGGGGCGUGCCCACAGCUCCAGGUCCUUCCCGGAGCCGCUGCCAUGGGAGAGCCAAUCCCGGGCGCCGGGGACCAGCCACCGCUGCUGCCGCGCCCUCCUCGGAACCGCGGCCCAAGCCCCAACGCCCGCAGCCGGCCCGCUGCGUCCCUGGCCCGGGCUGCAGGGCCACCUCCGCCGCACCGUCGGCCCGGGCUGUUCCUGUGAUGAGCCGCAGCCCGCUGCGAGCCCUGCCUCCGGGCGCGCCCCACCGGCUGCUCCCCGCCGCGCUCGCCUCCGCGCCGCGCACCCUGCUCGCGCCGUGGCCCCGGCGCCCGGGCCGCCGCUGGCCCGCGUCCCCGCUCGGAAUGAAGGUGUUCCGCAGGAAGGCGCUGGUGCUGUGCGCAGGCUAUGCGCUGCUGCUGGUGCUCACGAUGCUCAACCUUCUUGACUACAAGUGGCACAAGGAGCCGCUGCAGCAGUGUAGCCCCGACAGGCCGCUGGGAGCCGCGGCGGGGUCAGCUGGAGGUGGCUGGGUGCGCCCAGGGCCACCCCCGGCCGCGCCGCCCCGCGCGCACACCCGCUUGGACACCCGCACUCCGUACCGCCUGCCUGCCGCUGCCGUCGGGGCGGCCCGGGCAGCCUCGGCGGGUGCAGGGGACCUUCCAGGCAACCGCAGCCGGGGCAGCGGCGGGGGCAAGCGGCAACUGGUGUACGUGUUCACCACGUGGCGCUCGGGCUCCUCCUUUUUUGGGGAGCUCUUCAACCAGAACCCCGAGGUGUUCUUCCUCUACGAGCCAGUGUGGCACGUGUGGCAAAAACUGUACCCAGGGGAUGCCGUUUCGCUGCAGGGGGCGGCGCGGGACAUGCUGAGCGCCCUCUACCGCUGCGACCUCUCAGUCUUCCAGCUGUACAGCCCCGCAGGCAGCGGGGGGCGCAACCUUACCACGCUCGGUAUCUUCGGCGCCGCCACCAACAAGGUGGUGUGCUCCUCGCCGCUCUGCCCCGCCUACCGCAAGGAGGUCGUAGGGCUGGUGGAUGACCGCGUGUGCAAGAAGUGCCCACCACAGCGCCUGGCGCGCUUCGAGGAGGAGUGCCGCAAGUACCGCACGCUCGUCAUCAAGGGAGUGCGCGUCUUCGACGUGGCCGUUCUGGCCCCGCUGCUGCGCGACCCCGCCCUGGACCUCAAGGUCAUCCACCUGGUGCGCGACCCCCGCGCGGUAGCGAGUUCGCGCAUCCGCUCGCGCCACGGUCUCAUCCGCGAGAGUCUGCAGGUGGUGCGCAGCCGGGACCCGCGCGUCCACCGCAUGCCCUUCCUGGAGGCUGCAGGCCACAAGUUGGGCGCCAAGAAGGAGGGCAUGGGUGGCCCUGCCGACUACCACGCACUCGGUGCCAUGGAGGUCAUUUGCAACAGCAUGGCCAAGACGCUGCAGACAGCUCUACAGCCUCCCGACUGGCUGCAGGGCCACUACCUGGUGGUACGGUACGAGGACCUGGUGGGAGACCCAGUCAAGACCUUACGGAGGGUGUACGACUUCGUGGGGCUGCUGGUGAGUCCUGAGAUGGAGCAGUUUGCUCUGAACAUGACUAGUGGCUCGGGCUCCUCCUCCAAGCCCUUCGUGGUGUCUGCGCGCAAUGCCACACAGGCCGCCAACGCUUGGCGAACUGCUCUCACCUUCCAGCAGAUCAAACAGGUGGAAGAGUUUUGCUAUCAGCCCAUGGCCGUUCUGGGCUACGAGCGCGUCAACAGCCCAGAGGAGGUCAAAGACCUCAGCAAGACCCUGCUCCGGAAGCCCCGGCUCUGAGAGGGGUUGCGGGGAGACGUGACUCCUUGUGGAGACACCCACAGAGGAUUGUGGUGUGUUUACACAAACACAGCCCAGACCCAAACUGAGGAAGCCCACAUAUUUUAUUGUAGAUCUAUAAUAUAAAUAACCAUACAGAUACUUGCUGUCAAUGUUUUGAGUCAUUGAAUUUCAAUUUCAGCACACAUCUCAGAAAAGGCAAGACUUGAAAGUUCUGACUUAGCUGCCGGUCCUCCCUCUUCCUGACUUUUCUCCCUUCCUCUUUCUCUCAUUUCUUACCCUUUCCCUCACCUCCUUUCCAUUUUGAAGUGGGAUGUUGAUGAAAUCAAGUUCCAGUAGCCCAGAUCUUGUUUACAAACUUUUCGUGGUAUCUGUGAAUACGUAAAAGGAUAAUUUGGAUGUGGGGGGGUGGAGUGAAGGAAGGGGGAGUGGUUCAGGAACAAAAAGCCCUAUUGGGCAUGGCGAAACAGGGAGGCAUUCAUCUAAAGUAGACUUCUGUGUAAAAAGCAAAGGGGUACAUGUGAGUAUUAAUAAAGGAGAUAAGAUAAUAUUCAUUUUUAUAUUUGCCUCCAUUACUUUGGAUUUAUCUGUGUUACUUGUCCUGUGACGCUUCAGACAGACCUACUUGCUACCCCAACCUCUUUCUUUCAGUCUGUUUCCUGGAGGAUAAUUAAGAUGGGCAGGGGAACCGCUUCUGACUCCUUGAUAAGAACCAGGGAGUUGUUUUCUCACAUAUAAAUCACAACCUGUUAGAUGCCCAUUUCUGGGCUUGGAAACAAAUCUUCAAAUUCUAAAGGCAAAGAACAAGUAGGGCAGUGGAGGGAAAAGCAUACACUACUUUCCUGUCCAACUGUGAGUACAGAAAAGAAGGAACCUCUUGAGAUUUUGAAGGCAUUUGGUUUUGAUUACUAUUGAGUUAAGACUGGGGAACCUUGAAGCAGUGACCGAAGUUUUGGUCUUGAGUUUAGUUCAGAAAAAGGCUUUUUAAAUAAAAAUAUGUAAUUAAAAAAGUUUUGAUGAUCGGAACACAAACCUCAAGAAUUGUUUGGCACAUAUUGUUGGUGAUGAAACAACUUCUUUAGUUAGAAAAGUGACGGAAGUAUGUGUCUGGAGUGUUUUUUGCCUCUGACACAGCAUGCAGGCAUAUGGAAAUAGGGAAGUUUUAUCUGAGAACCAUAAGGGCACUCGCAGGCUUUUCCUCUUCUUCCUUACUUUCCAUCCAAAUUAGUGCAAAAGAGAAUGCGAGUUUAUAAUGGUUUACUUGGGAUACCUGUGGGGCUUGUUGCUUGUAAUCAAGUUUCCUAAAAAAAAUUUUGCAAAGGAAAUAGCAUGCUUCAGGCAGAAUAAGGAAGGCUUCAGACGAAGAGCUUCCUUUGGAUGUGAAAAUGACUUAUGGGGAAGAGGAAAAGAUGAAGUUUGAGUUAGUGUGUAGAGUUUUGAGAUUUGGUAUUUUUGGAGAAGAGCAGUGAAUUUUCCUGCAGUGGCAUGGUGUUGCUGCUGCCCUGAGCCCAUUUUGUACUGAAGCAUUUUGGCUUUCUGUAGAAUAUCAUAUUACGAUAAGAAGUUAUGAAGCCAGAAUAGGAACAAGAGACUGUAGUUGUAUAUUAAGUACAAUAUAAGUUCAACAUCAUCAUGGUUUUAUUUUACUAUAAUUUAUUGUAUCUCUGAAGCCCAGAAUGUACAGGAUAAGUAAUGAUGAAAAAUAAUAUGUAUGUGGGAAAAUAUUUUAAUACAAGGUUACUCUGAAGUAUGCAGUUAAAAUAUAAUGUGUAACUAACUAUUUACACUGUUAAGGAUUUCAAGAUGAAGCAUAGAGGUGAAAAAAUGUAUAUUUAGCAGUUGAUUUUAUCACUUUUAAGAAUGGUUAUUUCUUGAUUUA